AUGUCAGCUUUUUGGCAGGAUCCCAACUGGGUUCUAUCAUGGCGCCACACCACGUUGGAGAAGCACAUUGAGACAACUGCCCGACGUUAUCCCCGCAGACUGAUAAACGACCGCGCGACUUCACGGCACCAGAAAGCAGUUGAUACGCAGACCGGCCGCCUCGUGGGGUAUGCGCGCUGGAUUCUGCCCGAGUCAUAUGCUACUACCGAAGAUGGUGAACCGGUCUGGCCCGAGGCGUUGGGACCGUUGGUUGGAAAGGAGGAAGAGGAGGAGAUUAGGCGAAUUGCAGACGCCACACCGUUGAAUGCGAGUAACGAGACCGAUCCGCUGGAUAACAAAGUCACUGAGGUUAAAAACGAGCUCAUGAAGAAGAAGCCUUAUCUAUGUCUUGACUAUUUGGCCGUUCACCCUGAGAACCAAGGAAAGGGAAUCGCUACGCUUCUGGUACAGAGCGGUAUGAAAGUAGCAGAAGAUUUGGGCUUGGACAUCUUUGUGCUUGCUUUUAGAUCUGCGUGGGGGGUAUACAGUCGGCUUGGGUUUCGGGUUGAGCGAGAGCUGAUUCAGGAUGAUUCCAUGUAUGGAGGGGACGGCAAUUAUGGUGUUCGGUAUAUGAUAUACGAGCAGCCUGCGAAGUCCGAGGCCUGA